GAUGAAAACGGAAACAAGACCAUUAAUGAUUACAUUCGAGAACGAAAGAUAGCUGCUGGUAGUUACGGAAAAGUGGUUCUCUACCGAAGCCGUUUAGAUGGAACACGUUAUGCUAUAAAGGCCUUUCACAAGUCACAUUUGUUGAAGCAACGAGUUGGACCUUCAGAAACUGCAAUGACUGAUGUUUUUCGUGAGGUUUUAAUUAUGAAAGUGCUGAGUCAUCCUAAUAUAGUCAAUCUUGUCGAAGUUAUUGAUGACCCAACGGCAGAUCACUUAUAUUUGGUACUUGAAUAUGUGGAGGGCAAAUGCGUCUCUGAUGGUGUGGGUCCCGCACUUGGUCUUGGAGAAGACACUGCAAGAAAGUACUUGCGUGAUGUCGUUUCUGGUUUGAUGUAUCUUCACUCUCAUAAUAUAGUGCACGGAGAUAUUAAACCUGAUAAUUUAUUAGUUACCGGUUCUGGCACGGUCAAGAUAUGUGAUUUCAGUGUCAGCCAGGUUUUCGAGGGUGACAAUGAUUUGCUUCGCCGUUCUCCUGGAACUCCUGUAUUUACUGCACCUGAGUGCUGUUCAGGUCCAACCUAUCACGGAAAAGCAGCCGAUACCUGGGCCUUUAUGGUUUUGGGGAAUUACCCGUUUCUUGGAGAGACACUACAAGAUACCUACGAAAAGAUAAUAAAUAAGGAGUUGUUGCUUCCUGAGGAGAUGAAUCCUCUGUUGAAGAACCUACUCGAGGGACUUCUGUGCAAAGAUCCGAGACAAAGAAUGAGUCUGGAGAAUGUUGCAGAGCAUGAUUGGUUGAUUGGAGAACAAGGCUCAAUGUCAAUCCAUCCCUACUUGUGCUGGUGUAAGCGUAACAGCUCGUCUUUGUGAUACACAUAAUCUCACUCGACACUAUUAUCCCAGAAGCUUUUUCGUCUUAAAAUUAUUGAUUUACAGUUUUACAUCUACAACUAUAAACAUAUUGUAGGUUUGUAAAAUCCAUAUUGUAGGUGUGUAAAAUCGGACGGAUUGGAUUAGAAUUAACACUUUCGGAAAAAAAGAGAUCCAAACAAA